UUUUUAUUUUUAAUUGUGGCAAAAUACAGAUAAUAUAAAACUUACAUCUUAGCCACUUUUACAUGUGUAGUUCAGUAUUGAGUGUGCUCACAUUGCUGUGCAGGCGUUACCACCAUUCGUGGCCAGAACGCUUUUUUCAUCUUCCCCACCAAAACUUUGGAUCCAUGAAACAAUAAUUCACCAUUCCUCCCUCACCCUAGCCACCAGCAACCAUUUCACUCUCUGAUUCUAUGAAUUUGACUAUUUUAGAUACCUUAUAUAAGUGGAAUUACAUAGUAUGAGUCUUUUUGAGACUGGAUUAUUUCCCUUGGUAAAUGUCCUCGAUGCACACAUAUGUGUGUGUGUGUACAAAAUCUCAUUUUGCUUAUGCAUUGAUUGGUGGAUGGACACCUGGGUUGCUUUACCUCUUCACACCUCUGUUGUGAGUAAUGCUGCUAUGGACAUGGCUGUAUAACCUUGAAUGUUGAACCAGACUUGGAUUCCUGGGAUAAACUCCACUUGAUUAUGGUAUACUCUAUGUUUAUAUAUUUUUAUAUGUUUUUGAAUUAGAUUUGCUAAAAUUUUGUUUAGAAUUUUUGCAUCUAGGGACAUGAGGGUCUGUAGUUUUUCUUUCUUGUAAGGUUUCAGUAUUGAAGGGUUUGUAGGGUUUGUGGCAGUGAGUGGCUGGCUUUUAGUAAGGCUUUUUGUAAGGUUUCCUAUACAUUGCAGAGAUGCUUGUCUAUGCUGGUCUCAUAGAAUGAAUGUGGAAAUUCCCUACGCUCCAAUUUUAUGGACUAGAUAGGGAGGAAUUGGCAUUCUUUCUUCCUUCCAUGAUUGGUAGAAUUCAUCAGUGAAGUCAUCUGGACCUGAUGUUUUAUUUGUGGGAAAGGUUGAAUUAUAAAUUUGAUUUCAACUUGAAAAGUAUAGGUUAUUUCUAUUUUGAUUAUUUGUUCUUGGGUAAAGUCAGGUAGCUUGUGUGUUUUCAGGAAUUUGUCCAUUUCACUUAAGUUCUGGAACUUUUUGGCAUAAAUGUGUUCAUGAUAUUCUAUUAUAAUAUACUAUCUAUAAAAUGUGUGGUAAUGUCACCUCUCUCAUUCUUGUUAUUGGUAAUUGUUUUCUUCUCUCCCUCUUUUUUCUGAUCAGCGUGCCGAGACCAUUGUCAAGUUAAUUGAUCAUCUCAAAGAAAUAGCUUUGUGUUUUAAUGAUUUUCUCUGUUGUUUUUCUAUUUUCUAUUUCAUUGAUUUGUACUCUGAAGUAAGCCUCCAAGGAAGAAGAUCCCUCAAUGCCAUUUUUAGUUUUCAAUGACAAUCAUCUGAAGGUACUCCAGUAAGCAGAUGUCUAGUAACAGAAAGAGCCCUUUUGUGUUCCUGACAAGGCUUAUACUCCCAGAAGGGCUGCAGAAGCCCUCAUUAAAUGGUCCUCCAGGUGUUACCUGAUGCACACCAAUGGGCUCUCCCAUGAAGGCAUCUGGAAAACCUUCAUAAUGCAAUUCAGUCCCGUGCCACAAAUGUGCCUGUGUACUUUCUCUGCGCAAGACAUAGCAUGGGCACUCUGGAAAGAGACUGAAACAGGAAGAACAUACAUCCUGUGACCGCAAGGAAUGCUCAGCACAGUGGGGGAGACCAGUACAUCUUUCCUAAAGGAGGGUCUCAUGAGGUGAUGGGGCGAGCCCACAGCAGAGGUCUGUACCCCUGGCUGGAAUGUGGAAGUGUGGAGGACAGAGGGAGGCGUCUCAGCAGAGUGCUGGGGCAGCACAGGGCAGUGACCACCCACUGCAUGCAGCGUAGCUGAGGGAAGCAAUUUGAAAUACCUGCCAGUCACUUCCCAUCACAUGCCUCGAUUGGUCCAUGAGGAAGGAGUUGUCCAACUUAUUUCAGCAUUUCAGAGGCAUCAGUGGUUUGGAAACAGAAACAGACAAGCAGUAAUUCCUACACAUUGCAGAGAUGCUUGUCAACAAUUUCUUGCCAGUUUAGGAGGUCAAUGCUAAGGACCUCGCUGUGUUUCCUGGAAACAUAGAUGUUGAUUUCUUUCUGGGUAGAGAGCCUUUGGUAUUUUGAAGAUAAAAUUCCACAUUUUGCUUUGGGACAAAUUCUAAAAAUACAAGCUUUAUUCAAAUUUACUUUUCUUUUUAUCUUUCUGAGUUGUCCAAGUUCAAAAGUAUUGCUUAAUAAAUCUGUUUCUAAACUCACAUUGUUGUACCAGCGUGAACUGUCCCCAGGGCAAAGAUCGCAGGCUACUUUUGCCUGGAAAUUUGUAAUUGGGAAUCUCAGCAAAUGCUAAUCAUUUAUUAUUGUGCUUAUGAGUAAAUCAUUGGCCAUGUGUGUGGCUUUUAGUAAACAUGUGAGUACACGCCCUGUGUUGGGUGCAGCUUUGUGCCUGCACUUCUCCUGCCUGCUGCAUUACACAAGCUGGGGAUCCAGGCGGCUGGGUUGCUCCUGGCUGCGGUUCUGCCAUGGCUCCUGCAGCGCUGCCCGGGCCCCUGGCCUUGUGUGUGUGUUUGCUGCUGACGUCCGGCCUGGCCAAGGCAGGCAAGCUGCUGGUGGUGCCCAUGGACGGCAGCCACUGGUUUACCAUGCGGUCCGUGGUGGAGAAUCUCAUCCACAAAGGGCACGAGCUGGUUGUGGUCAUUCCGGACGUGAGUUGGCAACUGGGACAAUCAUUGAAUUGUACAGUGAAGACUUAUAAAACUUCUCACACCCUGGAGGAUUUGAACCGUGCGUUUAUGAGUUUUGCUGAUGCUCAAUGGAAAAAUCAGGGUCAAACUUUAUAUUCUCUUUUAAUGACUACAGCCAGAGGUUUCUUUGAAAUUAUUUUUUCGCACUGUAGGGAUUUGUUUAAUGACAAAAAAUUAGUAGAAUACUUAAAAGAGAGUUCUUUUGAUGCUGUGUUUUUGGAUCCUUUUGAUAUGUGUGGCUUAAUCGUUGCCAAGUACUUUUCGCUCCCCUCUGUGGUCUUCAGCCGGGAUGUAUUUUGUCAUUAUCUUGAGGAAGGUGCCCAGUGCCCGGCUGCUCUUUCUUAUGUUCCCAGAAUUCUCUUAGGAUUCUCGGAUGCCAUGACUUUUAUGGAGAGAGUACGGAACCAUAUCUUCCACUUGGAGGAGCAUUUAUUUUGCCCCCAUUUUUUUAAAACGGGGUUAGAAAUUGCCUCUGAAAUCCUCCAGACACCUGUCACGGCGUAUGACCUCUUCAGCCACACAUCAAUCUGGCUGCUGCGAACCGACUUUGUUUUUGACUAUCCCAGGCCUGUGAUGCCCAACGUGAUCUUCAUUGGUGGGAUCAACUGCAAGCAGGGAAAGCCACUGUCUGAGGUGAGCUGGCUCUCCCUUAGCACAAUAGGCAUAAUCUGGCUUUUGAUUUCCAAAAAAAGAUUCCUUACUGGACUAUGAAUUGUCAUUUACAUUCAUCAAAUUUGGAAUUUCUUUCUGGUUUAAUGAAUUAUUUACUUGUGGAUCAGCAAAUUUUCAAAUUAUGCAUAUAUAUAUAGUGUAAUUAUACACACACACAAUUGAUAUAGUUGUACAUCAUUUCCAAGCUGCAUUUUUAAAAAUAGAAAUGGGGUGUCACUAUGUUGCCUAGCUGGCCUGGAACCUCGUGUCUGAUCCUCCCAGUUCAGCCUCCCCACUGCCUGCGAUUACAGGUUUAUGCUAUGAUUCCCAGCUUCCAGGCUAUAUUUUUUAAUAUUGUUUAUGUGAAAGUAAUGAAAAACACAAUAAGAAAUGUAACUUCCCUUUUUUCCUAAUCCUAUACUAUCCCCUAUAGGAAAACUACUCUGAGAAGUUUUAUAUGCAUCAUUUUCAAUUUUUGAAGUCAUUUUCCAUGUAUCCAUGUAGCCAAUGUAAAUUCUAUGGUAGGUGUAUGUUUCCCUUUUUAU